GUCCACCCAGUCAUCCAGAAACGACACAAAACCCGCACUACAUAUCCCAGAAUCCUCUGCGCCCAAACAUCAUCCAACGUCACGACAAACCGGAAAAGACGUUAUGGCUCAUUUCUAGAAGGUUGAACUGACAACAGGACUGCAGAUGGAGAGAGAGACUGAGACACUCACAGCCACAAUGGCAAACACAUUAAAGGUGUCAGAGACCAGCGAAACCACUGCAGACCAGGAAGACUGUUUUUAUGAUUGUGAUGACACAUUACAUGUAGAAGACACAUCACCUGUGAGACAAGCGGAUGUGCAAAGCGAACUCGUAAAAGACACAGAGACACUGGGAAAUACGGAUGUCAAUGACAAGUCAUGUUUGAAUACCACACCGCCGGAGCAUGAGCACAGAUCAGCUGAAAACACACUUGACUCACUGGCUAGAGACCCGGGGCUUGAGGAGAAAAGUAACAAUGACCAGGAGAAUUUGGAGAGGUUUGCAGAGGAUGAUGGGACGAGAGACAGUGACUCAGAUUCAGAGUUUAAAGAAGCGGCGAGUACGGUCAAGGUGAGCGAAUACGAUGAAGAAUACCUGCGUGAGCUUGAGAAAGACCUGACGGAGGAAGAAAAGGAGAGCAGAAGAAAGGAGAGCUUAGAGCUGAAAGAAAAGGGAAACACCCAAUUUAAAAGUGGAGAACACGUAGAAGCUGAAGAGUCCUACACAGCUGCUCUACGACUGUGUCCUGUGUCCUACAGUAAAGAGAGAUCCAUACUCUUCUCUAAUCGAGCUGCUGCACGCUUGCAUCAGGAUAAAAAAGAAGACGCAAUCAGUGACUGUUCCAAAGCCAUAGAACUAAAUCCAAAUUACGUUCGUGCCAUUCUGCGGAGAGCAGAACUGUAUGAGAAGACAGAGAAGCUUGAUGAAGCCCUAGAAGACUACAAAACUGUCUUAGAGAAAGACCCCAGUAUACCUGCAGCUAGAGAGGCAUGCAUGAGGUUGCCACGGCAAAUCGAAGAGCGCAACGAGAAGCUUAAAGAAGAGAUGAUGAGUAAGCUAAAGGACUUGGGUAACAUGGUUUUACGACCCUUUGGUCUUUCCACUAACAACUUCCAGCUCAACCAGGAUGCCAACACAGGAUCGUACUCAAUUAAUUUCGUUCAGAAUCCCAAUAACAACAACAGAUAGCAAUCAUAACAACUGAUAAACUAUUAACCCUAAUUAUUGAGUCACAUUUUCUGGCUACACCAAGUCAUUCUAAUGCCUUUUUGGAGAAUCACGUGUCGUGGAUGAUUUUUUAAAAUGUUUUCUUUUGAUGUGGUCAAUUAAAUUAAGCUGGUGAAGUUUAAAAUCUAAAGGCAACUUUGUUACAGAUCUCUAAUGCUCUUAAGAGUGUGUAUUAUACCGAUCUUAAGUUGUUUUUUGGCAUGUUAAGAGUGUUGUUUGGGACCGUUUGCCAGUACUGAGCAAUGAGGCGACUUUAACCAAAAAGCCCUAAUGUACAGUCAUGCCUGUAUUAUUUACUGGAACUGUGCUACUUGCAUUCACAUUAAACCACACAUGUUCUUUAAUAUA